CCUGGUGAAUAGGAACCAGGAACGACCGGAGAACUGAAUAGUUAAAUUGCCUCUCGACUUGCAGCGUUUCUGUUAAGCCAUGAAUAUCUUCCUGGGUAUUUGUAAAACGUUGUUAGUGUGCUUGAGUCUUUGGACGCGUUCUGCAUUUUCUGAGGGAACAACUUCGAGCCCUACAAAAUGCCCUAAACAUCAAGGGAGCGAUCCAAGUGAUGUGAACGAUAGAGUGAGCAAAUUUGCCAACAAGGAUGCAUAUACCACACAUGAUCAGGAUUACAAAUAUAUCAUUAAUAUCUGUCCGAAAAACAGUGGAGACUCCAGAGCAGUUCAGCAACAUGGUUUUAAGUGGCCAGAUAGCAGUAAAUGGACUACAGUCGGACAAUAUGAAGGAGCUCAUGUUACUGGAGGAACUGACUGGCUGAUGAUAAAAUAUUUUCGUGGAGACAAGUACAUGCAUCACUGCUCUGGAGUAGACAGACUUGCUGUUAUAUUAAUAACUUGUGAUCCUGGUGAACAAAAGGGCACAAUGAAAAUUAUUGAGGAAUACAGAAAUAGAUCCUCAUCAACCAACCCACUUGAGUGUUACUAUCUGUUUGAACUUAAUCAUGAUGCUGCAUGUACGGUGAAGCCAAAGCAUCUGAGUGCAGGCUCUAUUUUUCUGAUAAUACUGAUUGUCACAGGUUCAGUUUAUUUAUCACUUGGCUUUUUGUACCAAAGAUAUGUAGUUGGUGCUAAAGGAUUGGAGCAAAUCCCUAACUAUACUUUUUGGUCGAACUUUGGGAGUCUGCAAGCUGAUGGAUGCAACUUCAUGUGUCGGUGUUCUGAGUCCCAUCCAACAAGAUACAAGACAAUGGAUGAUGCUCUAGCAGAUGAUGACCGUGAUGACACUUUGCUGCCAAUGUAGAGAUUUUAAGCUCAAGAUAGUUUGUUUAUACAUUUAGUUAUGGUUUUGUACCACACUUUCGGAAAAAUUCAAAUCCCCAACAUCCCCACCCCACCCAUGUAGGGCAUUACUCCCUUUUGUAUGACAGCUCAUUCCAGUAGACUUUAUGCAUCUGGGAGUCACGUGACUUACUCUGCUCUCCUUCUUAAGUUGUGGACUAUGAAUGCAAAGCAUAGUUUACAUAUUUUUCGCUCCUAAAAUUGCCACUUCAGUUGUUUCCUUGAAAAAUUAGAUGAGUUCAUGUGCAAAAUAAUCUGAGCUACAUGUAUGUGGCUGUUACAUACUGUGAACCUCGCGAACGAUUUACAAUUCAUGUUACUCGAGAUUGAAGACACAUCACGUGAGAAACGAGCCGAAUUCUGUAAGUUAUGUUACUCCCAGAUGCACAGGAACCAAACAGAUGGGAUUUGAGUCAUCAAAUGAGAGGUUUUUGAAUAACUCUGUGUCUGAAAGACUUGUUAGUUUCAUUCUUAUUCCACACUAAAGUCUUUCUAAAGAAAAAGUUCGCUUUGUAGUAAAUUUGUUGUGGAUUUUAGAGCACCUAUAGAAGUUUAACUAGCAAAAUAAUUGUUCCAUUUUGUAACAGGACCCCAUCCAACGGCUUUCCAAAUACAUUUAUUUGCCUCGCAGCUUGGGUCUGUCUUAAUUAACUAAAAGAUAUUUUUUACCUAGUUGUUUUGUCUGCAUGAGAAUAAAUCUCUUGAUAAGCAUCACUCACGAAAUUAUUUUUCCACCAGACAACUCUACCUGCCUCGUCUCCAGGCCCCUUACCGGUGACUUGCUCAGUGCCUGAUGGCAACAGGCCCAGAACUCUACGCGCACCGCGUUUUGAUCAAGAAGGGACACUUGGGGACGAGGCAGCAUCUAUACCAAGAUACUUUUGUUCCUGGCUUGGGACAAUUUUACAGGAGCUUUGUUGCGAUAUCUUAAGUCAUUUUUCUCAUAUGCAGAGUUUUAAACUCAAUUGAAGUAAGGAUGAUCUCGACUGAGGAAUAUUAAAUGGUUUACGAAUGGCAAACUUGAAAACAAAAACAAUGGCCAAUUUUUUUUUUUUUUUUGGAGAUUCUUGGUCUAAGAGAGUUCACAGUAACCCUAGUAAUUAAACUAGGAAAUGAAUAAAUUAAUGUCGACUUUAUAGUACACAAAAACCAGAGAUAAGCGCCGGCCUGAUUGGCCACUUAGCUCGCAUGCAGACUUGACCUUCCUUUAUGUACACUAAACGGCCUUUUAGAAAGGGCUUUUCUGAAGUAUUAAGUAUAAACAAAACUUUGCCCGUUGUGUGACAAAACAAAUUUUUAAAAACAUGCUAGUGAUAAUGAGUUCAUAAAACCAGCGUGGCACUGUAUGCUGUGAUUGUUAUACUCCCUUUAAAAUGUUAAGGUGAAAAACUUAGAUAUGAAAUUCUCUGUCAGUGAUUUUCCAAACGUAAAUCGCAUAUUCUAUUCGUGUUUUGGAUUUUUGCUGUCCCUGUUAAUUGUAGUACUUUAUUCCUGGGUUUGUUAAAUUUGUCCUAAUUGCAGUUGCUUGGUACAAUAAGUUUCUCUGUGUAUUGUAUUGUUUUAGAAAUUAGUUAAUAAAAGAGAAAGAAAUGUUAGUAUA